CUUGUAAACAAAAUAAACUCUUCAAGUCAAUUUUUUUCAGUUUAAUGCAAAUUUUCAACUGGUUAACCCUCAAACAAAGUAAUUCAACGAGUUUAUCGACUUCAUUUAUUGCCAUUUUUAUGUUCUUCAUUUAAUUAAAAUUGUUAUCUGCUGGGUUUACUGGUCUUCACUUUAUUUGAUAGGAAAAGUUCAUUUUAUGAAAGGCAUUAUUAGCCAUUUGGAUUAUUCAUGUAGUUGAAUGAUAUUUGAAGUUUGAAACUCUUUGUUUAAUGUAUGAUUGGACCAUGUUUUGUCCAGUUUUAUCAUAAAGAUGAAUUAAUGGCCUUUUGGGAUCAGUUUAUUGUAUUAGCUUACAUUUAAUUGAGUUUCGAAGCAAUAUACUAAUGUAAAUUUUGAUUGUUCCUGUUUCUGAUUCAAAAACGACGCCAAAAUUGUCUAACUUUUGAUGGGAAAAGAAUGAAAGUUUGUAAAUCUUAAUUGAUAAGUGAAGGAUAAUCAAGUAGUCUAGAAAUAUGAACCAAAUAAUGAUUGUCAAUGGUGCAAUAUAAAACCUUGAUCAGAUAGUUAAUAAUGUAAUUACACCAAAUUGUUCGUACUAAUUAUAGUUAAGCUUGAGUUUUUAACUGCCAUCUAACGUAAAUUGAUGCAAAAAUUUCUAUGUUGUUGCCAUGCAAUAACAAAUUGAAUGUUGAAAUAUUUAACCCAUUCUACGCGUUUAUUUUUCCAACCAAAUUUAGUUAAUCGUGAAUUUAUCUAUCGACAGUUUGUUACCAAUAUGGCUAAAACAGCUCUAGUUCUCGCUGCUACUGGAUCUGAAGAGAUGGAAUUGAUCAUCACCGGUGAUGUCCUUCGAAGAGCGGGUAUUGAUGUUACGAUUGCAGGGUUGGAAGGAUCUGGACCGAUCACUUGUUCACGUAUGGUUGUCAUUGUUCCUGACAAGUCUUUGGAUGAGGUUAAAUCGGCACAAUUUGAUAUAGUCAUAUUACCUGGAGGUCUUGGUGGAGCUGAGGCUUUUGCUGCUAGUGCCGUUGUUGGUGAUAUAUUGAAGAAACAGGAAUCAUCUGGUGGAUGGAUUGGUGCUAUAUGUGCUGCUCCAAUCGCUCUCAAAAGUCAUGGUAUUGGGUUGAAAAAAAGGAUAACAUCAUGGCCUGGGAAAGAAGCUGAGCUAGCUGACAGUUACUCCUAUCAACAAGAUCGAGUUGUGGUUGAUGGUAAACUAAUAACCAGUAGAUCUCCCGGAACUGCCUUUGAAUUUGGUCUUGCAAUCAUCGAACAACUUUUAGGAAAAGAUAAAGCCGAAGAAGUUGGCAAGCCAAUGUUAGUUAAAGUCUAAUUAUGGACAUCUUACUUAUCUUAUUUCUAUUACAAUUUAUGGAUAAUUGAAGGUAUAAAUACAAAAGUGGAAGAAAUAAAUAAUUUUGUGUAAUCUCA